UAGCUAGCGUUGCCGUGCUACCAUGGCAACGCGAUGUUUACACAGAGGCGGGAGCGAGGCCGCAUGGGUUACACUUUGUGGUUUUUUAAAAAGAAGAUUAAACUCUAAAGGGCGUUAUCUCAGCCGCGAUAAACUACAACGAAAAUUACAUCGGCAUUAGAAGAAGACGCCUUCAACGAUGGUCCUCAUCACCGAGGCGCUGGUGCGAAGCCGUGCGGAGCACAACAAUGGAGAGCUCUUCUCCCUAGAGGAGCUGUCCCUGCACCAGCAGCAGAUCGAGCGGCUGCAGCACCUGGACGUGUGGUGCCGCCACCUCAAGACGCUCUACCUGCACAACAACGUCAUCCCGCGCAUCGAAAACCUGAGCCGGCUCAAGGAGCUGGAGUAUAUCAACCUGGCUCUCAACAAUGUGGAGCGAAUUGAGAACCUGCAGGGGUGCGAGUCUCUGCAGAAGCUGGACCUGACGGUGAACUUUGUGGGUGAGCUGAGCAGCGUGGAGACGUUGCGCCACAAUCCUCUCCUGGAAGAGCUCUUCCUGGUGGGAAAUCCCUGCGCUGACUUCGAAGGCUACCGCCCCUAUGUGGUGGCAACGCUGCCACAGCUCAAGCGUCUGGACGGGCAGGAGAUUGAGCGCUCGGAGCGGAUCCGGGCGCACCAGGAGUUGGAGUGGACGCGGCGCCGCGUGCUCGAGCAAGAAGCCGAGUACCUGGCUCGGCGCGCCCAGCAGAAGCUCUCCUACGCCGGACAGGAAAACGAUGAUGAGACCCGGAGGCAAGAUCCGAACGGGAGUGUGGAAUCGAACCAGAGAUUCUGGGAAGAAGAGACGGAGUUCACACCCGAAUCCCGAAUGGAAACACACCGGCACUUGGAGGAAAGCCGCAAAGCCAGGGAGGGGAACAGGGGAGACACGAAACAGCCCAAGAGGAAGCGCACUCUCAUCACGGCCGACGGGCGCGUUUUAAACAUCAACGAGGCCAAGUUGGAUUUCUCGCUCGCGGAGAAUGACGCCGACAACACGCUGGUGUUAGACCUCGCCAUUUACAAAUAUCUGGACACCUCUUUAAUUGAUGUGGAUGUGCAGCCCAAUUAUGCACGCGUAACGGUGAAGGGAAAGGUGUUCCAGUUGGUUUUGCCGGAAGAAGUCCAACCAGAUAGGAGCCUUGCGCAGAGGUCACAGACCACGGGGCACAUGCUGCUUACAAUGCCCAAGGUGAAGGAGGUGAUAAAACCCGAGGUGGUAAAACCAAAGCCUUGUGUGAAGAAUCAUCCCAAGGAGGAGUGCACAUCACCCACCACCAGCAAUCGCGGCGACUCGAGCCAGGGCUCGGCGCAACAACACCUCGAGGUCGACCCCAGUGCUCGCCGCGGCAUCGAUGUCGCCACCAUCGUCCGGGACGCGGGUCGCGGCGCCACGGGACGGGCGCCGCCCUCCCAGCCGCCCCCUUUUGCUGUCGCGUUGCCCGCCGAGGAUCCAGCCUUCGUCGACGACCCCGACGUCCCUCCGCUCAUCUGAGCAGUGGCGUAGCAUGAGUGACGCGGGUCCUGGUGCGACAAAUUAAAUUGCCUCCCACCCCCCCGUCCCAUUUCCUCACUCAUUGGAGCUCGGCGCCUCGGGCCGCUCCACCAUAUAUGGGCUGCUGUGCACACUUGACAGCUACGCUAAUGCAUACGACUGCCCGUCGUGACAAUGCUUUGGUCACGGAGGUGGCUGAGUGUGUCAGGCCCUUGAUGCCUACAUUAAAACAUGAGCCUGUGUCUCUUAGAGACCUGGGUUCAAGCCCUGGGACCGAUUGUCAUUUAGGUGAUCAUACCCAUGUCAGUGGGCCAGCACAAUUGAGGACUUAGGUUCAAGCCCUGGGGACUGGGUGUCUUCGACAGACGGCUGAUGUCUGCGUUGCAACACUGAGGUAGGGUCUCUAGUCACCUGGGUUCUGAGACCAGCCACUCGAGUUUGAUGUUCUGGAUACUGAGGAAUCCAUGAAAAAUGUUCGACUCAUGUACAUCGUGUUUCAGCCCCGAGGGCUAAGUUCUCAUACUCCAUUCAGUGUUCUUCAAUCGAGUGAACAUCCAUGGUACAUUAUUAUAUUUUUGAUGGAAUAGAGACAUGGAGAUGUUAUUAAUAUUUUACACCUUUCUUUUAGCACAGAAAUAAGUUUCAGAUUUGGGAUUUCUGGCAUUGACACACAGUGGUCUGAACAGUCUUUAACGUAAACUUGACAGCUGAUGAUAAGCUUUGGUUAAUAAUAAUAAUGAUAACAGCAUCUCUCUGAAAAUAAUCCAAUGCGCGGAACUAAAAGAUCGGAUGGAAUCACAGUGGCUGGGGGCUUAGUGAGGGUUAACGUGGCAUUGGCUCAGGAUCAGCAGACAUCUGCGAGAGGAUAAUCCAUCACAGCCUUCCCCCACAGCGAUGGGCCAUAGCCUGCUAAUGGGUGUGUGUGCAUGACAUGCAUGUAUGGAUGCGUGCAUGUGUGUGUGUGUAUGCAAGUUUGGGGAGCAGUAGUGAAGCGGUUAUCACCCUGCACUAUGAUCCUGGUGACCUGAGUUCGACUCUCAGUUAUGGCCAACGAUAAUAUCACCAUCUUGGCUCUAUAAUAUCUGAUGUGUUUAAUAAUACAGUCAAUGGUCAUAUGACUCAUUAAAUAUACAUGGAUUUGCA